UUACCUUUAAAUAUUAAUGCAUAGUUGUUGUUUUCAUUGGAACAUUAAGAAUCAAAAAGUGAGUUCUUUGUCGCUUUUUCUGGGUGUGUUUUGGGAUUUGCUCUGUCCACGCCGUCACGGCUAAUUAGGACCUUCUCCUGUCCAGUGACACUUCUGCUCACAACAUCCACCACGCACCUCCUCCACCAAUCACAUCCUUUUGUCAGCCUGAGGAUGAGGAGGAUCGGAAGAUGAAGAGGCCUAUUUAUCAGCUCACUGCAUCUUACCUUAACAGUGAUAUCACUCAGCUCUUCCACCACCUACAUCCUUGGACGUUUUUGGAUAUUUGCAGUCGAACCACCAGUGCUAUAAAAAAAACAAAAAUCAGGACAGAGUGGGAUCCGUCCGGUUGUGGUUUAAGGUGGAGAUGCUUCGCCCUCAGGUGCAGGUUCUUCUGGUGGCUUUGUGUUCAUCUGUGCUGCUGCUGCGGGUCAACAGUGCUCCACACUGGGACAUACAGAGGGCCGAAGUCACAAAUGACAAGGAUCUGACUCGCAUGCUCUUGCUGAAGUUCAUGUCUGAACUGGUGGCGGCGAGAGGAGACGAGAUGCUUCGUGAGCUGGAGGCGGGAGGCAGGGAGGAGGUGAUGAGGCGACACGUUCCCCUCUCCCAAAGAGAGCGCAAGGCGGGCUGCCGCAACUUCUUCUGGAAGACGUUCACCUCGUGUUAAUGGAAGAAGAGGGCCGCUCAAGCCAGAGUGUGUCAGUUUUGAAACCAUACAUUUGCUCACUUUGUAGCAACUGCAUCAUUUACUGCAAGAUAACAAAUAUGCAGAUCUCUUAAAAUUUGCAACAAGUAGCAAGUUUUAAGGACGAGCUGGGAUGUACGCGGUGUCAAAAAUAAAAUGUUCUGAUGUAA